AUGAUUAUUUGUGAUUGGAAGAAUCGACGAGUUGUACGAUGGUCUCGUCGUAGUGGCACAACUCAAGGAGAAAUCCUCCUUGACAAUAUCGAAUGUUAUGGAUUGGCGAUGGAUGAUCAGAGAUAUCUCUACAUCUCUGAUGAGAACAAACAUGAAGUAAGACGAUAUCAACUGGGAGACAAGAAUGGCACUCUCGUGGCUGGUGGCAACGGUAAAGGCGCUGGUCUCAAUCAACUCAACAGGCCGGUCUAUCUCUUUGUCGAUCAACAACAAACUGUCUACGUGUCAGACUUGAAUAAUCAUCGUGUGAUGAAAUGGAAUAAAGGUGCAAAAGAAGGUAUUUUGGUUGCCGGAGGUAAAGCCAGCGGAAAUUCUCUGACACAAUUGUGGUAUCCUAACGGACUGUUCGUCGAUACGUUGGGUACCCUCUAUAUAGCAGACGAGAGGAAUCAUCGAAUAAUGCGUUGGCCUCAAGAAGCAAAACAAGGCUCUGUGAUUGUGGGUGAAAAUGGUGAAGGAGCAGAAGCAAAUCAGCUCAGUCGUCCCGAGGGUUUGUUCUUCGAUCGACAUGGCAAUCUCUAUGUUGCCGAUCGUGGGAAUCAUCGUGUUCAACGAUUUUCUCUAGAAUAG